ACACUUGAUCAGUGACAUGACAUACGCUGGCGGAGCACUUUGCUGCGAUUCGAUUUCGAUUUUGUUGCCUUAUCAAUCAGCGCAAAUUCGUUAAAUGCCAAAAAAAAAUCAACGUACUCAGUGCAUGUUCGCCUCAGUGUCGCUGCAGACGUGGUGCAGUUCGUUUCCGACGCAGUGCCGCCAAAACUGUCCGUUCUUGAAUCUAAACCUACUAACUAAAGUGCAAGUACUUUGAUUAUAUCAAAGAGAGUCACAAAUCGCAAGCCGGCAGCCGGGAACGGUAAAGGUAACGGGAACGGGAACGAGAACGGAAACGAGAUCGGUAACGGUAACGGGUUACCAAGCGAUCGAUCAGGCAACAGCGAGUGCAAGUGUAAUCGUUGCAGUUGCCGCAGUCGUUGACACCCACCGCCCACCUCCACCGUCCUCGACAUCAACAACCACAUUGACGUGACGUAAAUGAACGAACCCGGCGACAUACCAUUGACACACACAGGCACACCGGACAGCAGGCCUCCCUGCAGCAUUAUCUCAAUCAUACCAAACAUAGGGAUGUCAUCAUGCCGUGGACGUGCCGAGGCAUUUGCGCGAAGUUUGUCCUCCAAGCUGCGCACCCUGGGAACCCAGGCCAACGAGGAGGGCGCCAAUGCAGAGGAUGAGCCGAUUAUAAACGGCACAAAUACCAACACUUGGGUGAAUGCACACGAGUCCGAACAGACUGUCACAGAUUUGCAACCGCUACGCCAUGAGUCGGACUCAUUUUUCGACUUUGACUGCGAGCUGGAAUCACCGGGCAGUCCGGCGGAGGAGUGCGAGUACCUGCGUCUCAUAGAAACCGCCUCGAAUACACCACACAACUCCACGGCCGAGUCGGGCUAUGCCUGCGCCUCGGCGGCGAGCAGUCACAGCAGCACCGACGGUCCCUACUUUGAUGCCGCCGCCGGGAGCAGCAGCAGCACCAGCAACGUUCCAGAUGAGAUUCUGGUCACCGCACAGCCGCAGACGCAUCGUGGCAAGUUGUCGCCAGUGGAACUGAAGGCGUCUUCGAAUGUGUUGCAAUUGAAUGGAAAUCACGAGUUCCUCACGAACGGUGAGCAGGUGCAAAAGGAACAGGAGCAGGAACAGGUGCAGGUGCAGCAGGAGUUUGAAGUUAAGCAAAAGGAAAAGGACUGCGAGAAUGAGACGCUUCUGCAGGAGCAAAUACUCAGCGAGCUGCAACAGCACAGCGACAGCUUGAAGAGCACAGGUGAGGAGCAGAUGGAGCAGCUGCCAGCUGAGGAGCCAGCCAUGGUUAAUGGACACAUGGAUCAAGCGGAAGAGCAGCUGCUACAGCUUGAGGAUGACGCAAUAGAGAUUGCAUCUAAGCUAGCACAGGAAAAGGAGGAAAAGAAGGAGGAACAGGAGGAACAGCAACCACAAGAGAACGGAACAGAUGAGGUGGACAAAUGCACUGAGAGCCAUCUAAUGGUAAAUGUAAAUGUAGCACAACAGGAGCAGGCCAAACAGGAUGUUGCGGAGGCGGUGAGCAGCCAGGAGAAAACCAGUCACAGUCAUGGCAUGGACACAACUGACGACGAGGACGACUGUCGACCACAGCGUGUGCGACGCUGUUCCUCACUGAAAACGGGCAAAACUCCACCUGGCACGCCAGGAAGAAAGAAGAUUGUGCGAUUUGCCGAUGUGCUGGGAUUGGAUUUGGCCGAUAUAAAGACCUUUCUGGAUGAGAUACCAACCAUACCGAAGUCAGCGUUCGAGGAUCUUGAAAUACUCGAGUCCGAGCCACCGAUGCUGCUUGGCCCGAAGUCAGACAAGCUGUUGAUGCCGCUGUUCCAACAGCCGGGCGGACUGGCCACAUUCCUCGAUGCGGUGCGCGAGAAGCAGGUAUCGCUGGAGAAUGCCGCUGUCACCGAUAGCAUCAAUCAGACCAUUUCCGGUUCGGUGCGAGUGCGUAAUCUGGACUUUCAUAAAUCGGUGCAUGUGCGCUACUCGCUGGACGGUUGGCGCAGCUAUGCGGAUCUGCAGGCCAACUAUGUGGAGAACUCCUGCGAUGGCUUCUCCGAUAAGUUCACAUUUGUACUAUUCGGCAACUCGCUGCAUGUGGGUCAACGUCUGGAGUUUGCCGUACGCUUUCAAUGCAAGGGUCAACAAUUUUGGGAUAACAAUUAUGGCGCCAACUACUGCUUCCAAUGCUUGCCCACCUCGAAUCACACGGCAUCGCCGGCGUCUGUGGUGACUGGCGCCGUGCCGGCUCACCAUGCCAGCAGCUUGGUCGGCCUGCUAAGCCCCACAGCGGGCGAUGCCUGGUGCAGUUCGUUCUACUAAUCCCAAUCCAAUUAGUAGCUAUUCAUGUGGCGGUUGGCACUCCGAGGAGACAGUAGACGGCGCGGACGCGGGACGUUGGGUCGUUGGUUGCCACACACAAUAUGCCGUCAAUGCUAUGGACCUGGUAUCAUCAGCUUUGACGGUGUGUGCUGUGGCAUCUGCCAUAACCAGAGUACAGUGAUCACAAAGAUCAGGGAUCACAGAUCGGUGAAGUGCACCCCAUAAUCCUUGUAUGUACGAGUAUGUAAGGCAUAAUGUUUAUAUUUUUAUAGAGCAAAAUAAAGUGAAACUGGAAGGGUAGCAGGUGUAGCAGGAACAAAGCAACCAGGCAAAUCAAAUUACAUUAGUAAAAUACAUGAGUUUAAACAUAAAUUGUU